UGAGAUCGGAACACAUUAAGUUUUAAUAUGCCUAGAUGUGCAACUGGUGUGAAAUUCAGUCUGGAAGAUAACGUUGUUGGACUCUACUUGAUCUCACUGUUCUACAGAAACUGGAAUAGUUGCUAGCGACUUGCUACUAUUCUCUGAUCAUACCAAUGUCGGACUUAUGAAAGCUCUUUUAUCAAAUAGGGGUGCACUGUCGAACAUUCUGAAGAAGGCGUCCUGGCUUGGUGGGCCACAAGAUCAAGGUGUUCUACGUGCUCUCAAUCAAAGACCACGAACACGACCACCAUUCAGCACCAAAGGCCUGACCUUCGCAAGCUCCUUUGUCAAGCGGGCAUUUACGUACAAAUGCACCGAGUGUGGCGAGCAGUCCCCACAGUGGAAGGGGAGGUGUCCCUCAUGCUCGGGUUGGAACACGCUUGAGAAGGCGGAGGUCCUCAGGGAGACAGCAAAGAGCAGUGGCGGCGGAGGGGGUGGAGGUGCGGUUGCAGCUGCAGCAGCCGCUGCUGUGCGCCCUCUAGGAGAGCGGAUCCGCAACGCAGCGCCCACCAUCAGCAGACCCCGAACUGGCUGGGUGUCCAGCGUCAGCCAAAGGCCGCAGAGACUGAGCGAGGUGGGCAGGAAUGGGUAUGGAAGCCAGUGGAGGAUACCUCUCCGGGGAGCAAAUGGCGCAGAGCUGGCACGGGUUCUCGGGGGCGGCGUCGUGCCUGGCAGCCUCACUCUCGUGGGAGGAGACCCAGGUGUCGGGAAGAGCACCCUGCUGCUUCAAGUGGCAGCAAUGCUGGGGCCGGAGCCCGCAAUUGGCGGGUCAGAUGAGGAGGACGCAGAUGAGGAGGGCCCUCCACCGGCAGGCGAGGCGGUGCUGUACGUCUCUGCAGAGGAGAGCGUGGAACAGGUGGGCAGCAGGGCGGAGCGUAUGGGGCUGCGGGGGGCGAAGCACCUGUUUCUCUACAGCGCAACACGGCUGGUGGAAGUUCUGCAGGAGAUCGUGGCCAUGCAGCCGCGCGCGGUCAUCAUCGACUCCAUACAGACCGUGUACCUCGAUGAUGUCACCGGCUCUGCUGGCAGCGUCAGCCAGGUGAGGGAGUGUGCAACAGCGCUGCUGCAUGUGGCGAAGCGGCAGGGCGUCCCGGUCUUCCUGGUCGGCCACGUCACCAAGGCUGGCGACAUAGCGGGCCCGCGCGUGCUGGAGCACAUAGUGGACACGGUGGUGUACAUGGAGGGCGAGCGCCACCAAGCCUUCCGCCUCGUCAGGGGCAUCAAGAACCGCUACGGGCCCACUGACGAGGUGGGUGUGUUUCAGAUGGAGGAGAGCGGGCUGCAGGCAGUGGCCAACCCAAGCGCGCUGUUUCUGAGUGAUCGCCAGAUGGCGCGCAAUGCCAGCUCAGCGGUGACUGUGGCCAUGGAGGGAACGCGGCCGCUGCUCAUGGAGGUCCAGGCACUCACCUCACCCGUGCACCAGGGGCCGCCUCUGCGCAUGCCAAACGGCAUCCACCGCAACCGGCUGAGCCUCAUCAUGGCAGUGCUGACUAAGCAUGUGCGGCUGCGGCUGCACUCCGUGGACUGCCACACCAACGUUGUGGGGGGCCUCACCCUCACAGAGCCUGCCACCGACCUAGCUGUCGCUCUCGCCGUCGCAUCCUCCUACUUCGAGCGCCCCAUCGCGCAGAACAUUGCUGUCAUCGGCGAGAUUGGGCUGGGAGGCGAGCUGCGGCCGGCGAAUCACAUAGAGCGGCGAGUGGUGGAGGCGGCCAAAUUGGGCUUCACCACUGUCAUAGUCCCUGCGACUCGCGCACCAACUGCCACUGGGAGGCUGGCUGGGGUGAAUAUAAUUCCAUGCAGGACCAUCAAGGAUGCCCUGGAGGCUGCCUUGGGGCCCUCUGUGACCCAGAACCGGGCACCCCAUUUUGAGCAACAGGAAGAGGAGGAAAAUGGCUUCCUGGGAUGA